CUCUUUUAACUUCCCCUCCCUCGCCCUCCUCGACUCCGCGGACACACGUCAUUAGAUGUUUGGUGUCGCGGGCUACGUGGACCUGCUGUCGCGAUGCGGCGAAGCGCGGGCGAUUGUGCGGAUCCAGGCGGCGCUGCUUACGUCCGGGCAGCUCCCGCGGAGUGUGGAGCUCCACGACGCGCUCAUCCGGGCCCUCUCCCGCUCCGCGCGCCCGCACCUCGCGCUUCCGCUCUACGCCCACCUCCUCCGCGCCGGCCUCCUUCCCACCCCGCACACCCUUCCUUCCCUCCUCAAGUCCAUGGCGCUGUCCCCGGCAGUACCGGGCGCCGCGGUGCUGGCACUUACCGUGCACACCCACGCCGUCAAGCUCGGUCUGGACCGGUUCGUCCUCGUCAGCAACGCGCUUAUCCGCGUGCACGCGGGCUUCCUCGGCAGCCUCGCCGACGGGCUUCUCCUCCUGCGGACGGCCGCUGCAGUGGAUGCCUCGACGUUCAACACCCUCAUCACCGCCUACGCGAGGGCGGGCCGGCUCGCUGACGCCCGGGCACUGUUUGACGAAAUGCCUGCGAGGAAUGCUGUGUCUUGGAGCGCCAUGGUGAAUGGGUAUGUUCAGGCCGGUGAUGGGAGGGAAGCACUGAGGAUAUUCGCGCGGAUGCAGGCUGAGGAUGUCCGCCCGGAUGACACAGUGCUCGUGGGGGUGCUCGCAGCUUGUGCACAGCACGGGGCACUGGAGCAGGGGAAGUGGGUGCAUGGUUACCUCAAGGCUCAUGGCAUUAAGAUCAACCUGUUUUUUGGCACUGCUUUGGUUGAUAUGUAUUCCAAGUGUGGUGAGGUGCAGCUCGCAAUGGACGUUUUUGAAAGAAUGCAGUACAAGAAUGUGCUGGCUUGGACUACUAUGAUAAAAGGACUGGCAAUGCACGGACGAGGUUCGGAGGCUGUAAUGCUCUUCGCUCAGAUGGAGAGCUCAGGUAUCAGACCGGAUGACAUUGCCUUCAUUGGUGUGUUGUGUGCGUGCACACAUGCAGGGUUGGUUGACAAGGGCCGAGAGCUUUUCGAUUCGAUGGUGAGAAAGUAUGGCAUUAAACCAAAGAUUGAGCACUACGGAUGCAUGGUAGACCUCCUGGCACGAAAUGGCUUUCUUUAUGAGGCCAAAGAGAUGAUUCAGAAAAUGCCCAUGGAACCCGAUGCCUUGAUCUGGGGAGCUCUGAUGGCUGGUUGUAGAUUUCACAAGAAUGUGGAAUUCGCCGAGUAUGUUGCCAAGCAUUGGAUCUUGUUGGAACCUGACAAAAGUGGCGCUUAUGUACUUCUAUCUAACAUUUAUGCUGCAUCAGGUAGGCAUGCUUCUGCUAGGGAAAUCAGGCACCUAAUGCGUGAAAAGGGAGUUGACAAGACACCUGGUUGUAGCACUGUGGAGGUUAAUGGAGUUAUUCAUCAAUUCAUUGUUGGAGAUCUCUCUCAUCCUCGCAUAAAAGAUAUUUUGUCAAAAUGGUAUGAGAUUGAUACUAGAAUUAGAUUGGAGGAGGGUUACAUCCCAGACAUGAAGGAAGUUUUGCUUGACAUCGAAGAAGAAGAGAAGGAGGGUGCUCUUAGUCGGCAUAGUGAGAAGCUGGCAAUUGCAUUUGCUUUGAUUAGUAUAAGUGACAAUAUGCCUAUUCGGAUAUUCAAGAACCUUAGAGUUUGCCAUGAUUGCCAUCAUGUUACCAAACUAAUAUCCAAAGUAUAUGGGAGAGAAAUUGUUGUUAGAGAUAGAACACGCUUCCAUUUGUUCAAAGAAGGCACCUGUUCUUGCAAGGACUAUUGGUAGCAGUUAACACCUUUAUGCUCAAAUCUCUACUGUAUAAAGCACCAGUUUCCAUGGUUCCACAGUCGUGGUUCCCUUUCCCCUCUCGCUUUAUGCAAAAUAAGAUAAAAUUUUGUCGAAGUGUUUUCCGUAGUGACUGAUAAGCUAGCUGCAGAUCCAGGUUUCCCGAAAUCAUGCAAUUCUUCUCUACUUGUGAUAUAUCCGGAAUGUUUUCCGAAAAUAUACUGACGGGACAACCAUUCGAUUUAUGCACCAGGUGUCACAGUUGGGUUUGAAACUUGUGUCACCAGUUCUUAGCUUAUCAACCAUUAGUCCACCACCUAGCUAACUUGUAAAAUGGUGUUCUACGUUCAUAUUUUUCAUUUUUUGCGUAGUGACUGAUAAGCUAGCUGCAGAUCCAGGUUUCCCGAAAUCAUGCAAUUCUUCUCUACUUGUGAUAUAUCCGGAAUGUUUUCCGAAAAUAUACUGACGGGACAACCAUUUGAUUUAUGCACCUGGUGUCACAGUUGGGUUUGAAACUUGUGUCACCAGUUCUUAGCUUAUCAACCAUUAGUCCACCACCUAGCUAACUGUAAAAUGGUGUUCUACGUUCAUAUUUUUCAUUUUUUGUUUUGGCAUCUAUGAGACUCUUGGAAUCAGUUGUGGAACCUCUUCAGGGCUUGUUCAUUUCACCGUUAAUCCAUGUGGAUUGGGCGGUAUUGAGUCGGUUUAAAUCCAUAGCAAGUCAAAAUACAUCUCAAUUCAUUCCAAUACACUUCAAUCCACAUGGAAUUGGAAUAACCGAACAAGGCCUCAGUUUUUUUAUUAUGUCGUCGACUAAGUCAAGCCAACAACAUGAUUGCGCUGCACACAUGUAUUGCUUCCUGCUCCAUAUAUUCCAAUCACCAUGCAAUUACUCACUGGAAUAUGGUGAAAUAUCCUGAGCAAUCAUAUUAUUAGUAAAAGAGACACAUCUUUGCCUUUCAGGACCUGUGUGCUGAAUUGAUCUAUUCACAGCCCUUUUGGGAUGCUCUUAUAAACUUUAUAAUCUUACUGGCUGAAUACUGAUGAUGCGCCAUUGUUUUCUCUCCAUGGAAUUACUGCUCUGACGACCAUAUAUUAUGCUUAGUCAGGAUUCAGGAGUACCUUCUCAUACCGCUCCAAAGGAGAGUGGAGUGUUAUCGCUUCAGCAUGUUUAGAACAGAACAGGUUCUUGUGCUGUCGACGCUGAUUACUUGUUGUUCUUGCCUCUGCUGCAGCAGGCAAACUGAGGGUCUUCUCCAUCAGAGCAGCUCACAGUGGCCUGAGCGAUGCAUCUGUAGAGUCUUCUUCCCCUUCCUGAUAAUGAAGCCCCAGUCACCGGUGCUGCUUACAGCUUCACAGGAGCAACGGCAUCACUCACCAAUAGGAUCCUAACAUCUUCCAAGAAGAUUACUCUUGUCAGGCAUGGCCUAAGCUCAUGGAAUGCAGAAAGCAAUGUCCAGGUUUGUUGGUGGUGUACCGUUAAUUACCCAACAAUUUUCAUUUACAUUGGACAUGAAUGUGGACUGUGAAAUGCAAUUUGCAUGUAGUUAGCUACACGCUGGAAAGUAUGUUCGACCAAUCAUUUUACCAAUUCAUUCGGUCACGAUACCCCCUUUUUAUGAAUUCUAUUAGCUACCGAGUAAAACUAGUUAAAAACAUGUGCCUUCUGAAGUUUAUUGCUGAAAUCGUUGCUUUUGUCUAGGGAAGUUCAAAUCUGUCUGUUAACGGAAACCGGCGCCAAGCAGGCAGAGACUUAACUCCAAGCCUACUGUAUAUCUAAAUGCUGAGCUUAUAAGGAAGUGACACUUGUAUAUGUGCAGGCAACCGCUGAAAUUAUAUGGAAAAAUAAGGAUGAAGCCCUUGUUUUUCUCGAUUCAUUGAAAGAGGCACAUCUCUUCUUCUUAGAGGGCAUGACCAAUGCGGAUGCUAAGAAGCAAUAUCCGGAGCUGUACACCAAAUGGAGGGAGGACCCUGCAAAUUUUCAUGUCAAUGGCAUAUACCCGAUUAGGAAGUUGUGGGGGAUGAUAGCGAGACAAACCUGCGAGCAAAUCUUGCUCACUCCGGGAUAAUACAUCAACCUUUCCUACUUAUUGUCUCCAGGUUCAGGGUGUGCCAUUGUCCUUGACUGAACUCCGGUUUUGACCCUUUUUUUCUCUUUUUUGUGGGACGACAGGGAGAGAACUUCUUGGUGGUUACACACAAAUCCAUUUUGCGCGCGCUCAUCUGCACAGCGCUGGGUAUACCUCCUGAGAGGCAAGUCGUCUGAACUUUUCUGUGGCUCCAAUUCUGGCUAACUUUAUUUGUCCCACGUUCAACGUCUGGAAAUUUUUAAUGAAAUUGUUUGUCAGUGUUAUGUCACCAAGAUUUAUACAAAAAACUUGUUUUUUUUUCCUUUCCUCAAAUACUCCAGCUAGUGAAUAAUAUGCAGGUUUCGUGCCAUUGAUGUAAACAACGGUGGCAUGUGUGUCUUCAGUCUUCACGGUGAACAAGCAAGGAGAAGCUAUGCUUCAAGCCCUCAACAUGACAGCACACAUGUAUAGUGAUCACACCUAUCAGUACUAGUUUUGCCCCUCUCUUGGCAUGACAUUACAUUACCUAUCUUGUAUAUUAUUACACUCCCAUUAGAGAGGACAAGUCAUUACUGAAAUGGCUUUGGUAAAUAUUAAUGUGACCGUAGUGUGCAUAGCAACAGGUUACAGUUAGUCAGUUACACAGAUUGCCCCUGUCGGAUGUGAUUGUCCAAGUGAAUGCAAACUGAAUCAUGUGAAGCCGUUUGAUCUUUGAGA